UAAAUUUUGUUUAAUAAGCAUUGACGAUUAACGGAACUAGGGGAGCCUAUUACGUUGAUUCAAUAUAUGUAUAUAUUUUAUGUGCGUCAUUGCUAUUUGCCAGUUAUAAAUUCCUUGUUGUAUCGUUAACAUCUGAUUGCUGGGAUCAUCAGUUAACAGACUUUGCACUUUAUGUACAGUUUCAUUUUGCAUUUUUUUUUUAAAUUCUGGUUUUGAAGUACCAGCAAACAGUUGUAUGUAGUAUAUUAGAUUCUUACCAGAGUGUCUGUUUAAUCUUGCUCUGUGUCAAUGAUGCAUGAAACCUACCAAAUAAGAAGUGGUUUUUGAAUGAUAUUUUAUUUUAAUACUGGACAUCAGUACUAAUCUUGGGUUAAAAGCUAUCAAUUUCUUGACAAACUUGGUUGAAUGCCUCAGUGCGACUCUAGAUGUCUGACAGAGAUCUUUGAAAGAAGAGUUACAACAUCUCUUUGUAUUCUGGCUGGCUCAAAGUUCAACCAUUAAAUUAUCAAGGAACAUCCAACAAAAUUUCAAGUGUUGAAGUUAGCAAGAUGGAUGUAGCUACGAAGCUCACAAAUGGGACGAGUGUUGCUGUAAGAAGGAGACCAACACUAGCUCGUCGUGUUUCUGAAAUGUUCAAAGAUGGAAAUUAUAGUGGCCCACCAUUACUGUUUCGCCACUCGUCCAUGCAGAAGAUUCGCCAUUGUUGCCAGAAUCUAAAUCUGUUUCCAUACCUCCUCUACUCUUUUGGAAAUUCAAAGUCCCAUCCAGUCGCACGGAAGGUCAAUCUUUACUUCAACCUCCUGCUUAAAACCAUUACUGAACAAAUCUUCUUUGUCACCAACUGUGUGCAUCAGACUGCUCUGCAGAUUAUCCGUUCCCCACAGACUACUCCAACUCCAGGUACCUUUGAGGCAUCAAUUGCAAUAACAAACACACAAAAGUUCACCAAAUUCGAAAAGCAAGAACGCAAACGUAUCUCCCUUGUGCUUACUCUGGCUGUCUACUUUGCUCUACUGGUGCUUGCCUUCCAGCUCGUGGGACUUUGCAGUCUCAUGAUGUUUGGCAAGUACACUCCAGGUUUUAUUUUCCUGAUCUCAGCACUCAUGUGUCUAGGCUACGUAUCUCUAAUGGUUAUGAUACAUGAUGGAGGUUUUAAAAAGCAGAAAAGGAAAUUUCAGUGAUAUUUUAAUAUACGCCGUAGCGGGUAACAUUCUCAAUUACGACAGACUCCGAUAACGUUUCUAUAGAGUUUAAUUUUUAUGUGACCAUUUAAAAGUAGCCGUAAUUAUGCUGUCGGAGUGCUUCGUUAUCACUUUCGUAUCCUGCCUCUUGGUUUUCCAUGUUAAUAAGUUCCUUUAUGAUAACAGAAAUAUGAGUUCGGGUCAUCACCAGAGUGUAGCCGGAUUUUUUUAUACGCAUAAAAAACACUAUAGUACUUGAACGAAUUUUAUAAUAUUAACGAUUUAAGUGAUUAUUUUACACAGUAAAGAAAUAUUUGCCAAGAUGAAUAACAUGGUAAAGAAAGUAGAGAUUCCCUUACUAAAUAGCAUAAGGACAGUAACACUUAAUCAGCAUAAUAUGUUCUCAAAGUAAUGUCAAUUCUCUGCAUUUAUUUUUUUUUUUAUUGCUACGACUUACGACAAGUUAUAGCUAAUAAAGAAUCCUUCUGCAGUAUAAGACUGAGCACUGUUUUAUCGUACUUGUUUGUAAAUAAAUAUAUAAAAAUUAUACACA